UGUUGAGCACAAUCGGCACAGCGACUUCGUUUCGAUUGUAUCCUACAUGUUGUACGUUUUAGCAUUAUAUCGCGUGUAGGCAUUCGCAUCUUCAUCUCCAUUUGGCUACAGUGAUUUGCAAACCAACCGAACAAUGCUACUACAAUGGGGGCAAUAUUUAGAAUCAAAUUUGCUCUUUGGUAGCACAAAUAUUCGCAAUGAAGAAGAAUAAGCUCUACGGUUAAACACAGGUACCAAAUACGUGAGAAGAAACAUUAGUUAACCAUACUAUCCAUAUGUCCAUACGGUGUACACCAGUGCAAACAGAUGUCUGCGUCAAAAACGUCAUUCCGGGGUUCACUUCGUUCGUUCGGAUCAUUCGGCCAGGACUAGCGAAAAAAAGUGAAGAAAAACCGGCAAAUCAUUGCUUACCCAAAUUGAUAACACGCUCGGUUACUGCGAUUAGUGAUUUGGAGUUUGUACGGGUACGGAAACGCAAUCAUGGCUUCCACCACUGGACAGGUGAUCAAGUGCAAGGCGGCCGUUGCCUGGGAGCCGAAGAAACCGCUUUCAAUAGAAACGAUCGAGGUGGCACCACCGAAAGCGGGCGAAGUGCGCAUUAAGGUGACCGCAUCCGGUGUGUGCCACACGGACGCGUACACGCUGGGCGGCCUAGACUCGGAGGGCGUGUUCCCCGUGAUUCUCGGCCACGAAGGCGCCGGCGUGGUGGAGAGUGUUGGCGAGGGUGUGACCAAGUUCCAGCCGGGCGAUCACGUCAUCCCGCUGUACAUUCCGCAAUGCUUCGAGUGCCGGUUCUGCAAGAGCCCCAAAACCAACCUCUGCCCGAAGGUGCGCGCUACGCAGGGUAAAGGCGUGCUGCCGGACGGUACGACGCGGUUCACGUGCAACGGCAAACAGAUCUACCAUUUCAUGGGCACGUCCACGUUUGCCGAGUACACGGUAGUGGCGGAGGUAUCGCUGGCCAAGAUCGACCCAAACGCACCGUUGGAGAAGGUGUGCCUGCUGGGUUGCGGCAUUCCGACCGGCUACGGUGCGGCGCUGAAUACGGCCAAGGUAGAGCCGGGCAGCUCCUGCGCCAUCUGGGGGCUGGGAGCUGUCGGGCUGGCGGUUGCGAUGGGAUGCAAGGCGGCCGGUGCCAGCCGCAUUAUUGGCGUCGACAUCAAUCCGGCCAAGUUUGAGAUUGCGAAGCAGUUCGGCUGCACGGAGUUUGUCAAUCCGAAUGACUACAAGGAGCCGAUUCAGCAGGUGUUGGUCGAAAAGACGGACGGCGGGUUGGAUUACACGUUUGAGUGUGUGGGCAAUGUGAACACGAUGCGGGCGGCCCUCGAGUCCUGUACGCGCGGGUGGGGCGUGUCGGUAAUUGUCGGUGUGGCGGAGGCAGGUACGGAGAUCUCCACCCGGCCAUUCCAGCUGGUAACCGGGCGCACCUGGAAGGGAACGGCUUUCGGUGGCUGGAAGAGUGUGGAGAGCGUACCGAAGCUGGUCAGCUCAUAUUUGCAGAAGGAGCUAAAGGUGGACGAAUUUAUCACGCACACGAUGGAGCUGGAGAAGAUCAACGACGCAUUUACGCUGAUGCAUGAAGGUAAAAGCAUUCGUUCGGUGGUGAACCUGUAGAAGCAAAAAGCGAGAAGCGAGAAAGGGGCCUAGCCGAACGGAUUUAUUACAUCGCACAACUUGAUCGAUGCCUUACCUAAUCUGUUCCUGUCAUCAAGUCGUUAUUGCAUAGCAAGAAUAAAGCGUGUCGUUUUAUAUAAAAA